GCUGUGAGUAAACGCAUGACGCAGGCGCAGUGUCAGCCGCACCCCCCUCCCUCCCCCCGUCGGCCCGCCGUCUCUUCGCCGCGUUCAAUGGACGAAAAGUGCAGCCGCGAGCAGCUCUCAGCUCCCGCUCCUCUCGCCAAUGGAGACGCCCAGCAGCAGCGAGGUGGCGGCGACCUAAUCACCAAAGCGAGCGAUGUCUCAGACGGUCAGAAAGCGAAGAAAAAGAAGAAAGCAGGUUUUGAAGAAUUAAAUGGUGAUGCAGGGUCGGAGGACGAACUUGAAUCUACAGCAAGCCAGGAAACUGAAGAGUUAAACUUGAUUUCUUCCAGCACAGUUAACGGCAGGAAGCAAUUUGUAGACACUAAUUUCAACCCCAGGCACACAACAAAAACUAUUGUACACAACAGAGUGGUUAAUAAAACAAAGAAUUAUAAUCAAAAAAACAGUAUGGACAAAAAAAAUGAUAAAGUCUUUGAGAAUAAAUCUAGGGACAGCAGAUCAAUUGAGAAAAAGGAGGCUUUGUCGUUUCUCAAUGGUGUUAUAUCUAGCAGCUCUGGGUGUAUUACAAAUGGAUUUUCUGUCAAGAAUUCAGCUGACAAUGACGGUAGUGGGUCUGAGAGUGGUUACACUACCCCGAAGAAACGCAAGGGCAGGAGGAAUAGCGACAAAGGUGUUGAGAACUUAAAUUUGUUUCAAGACAAAAUCAUGCAGCACGAGGGGAAUCCACUAACCCCAAAAUUAGAUCUCGAGAACACCAAACUUGAGUUACCUGAGCAGAAGGCAAGUCGUUUGGAAAAUGCUAAACCUAGUGGUAGGUAUGAACUGGCAACAGUUAAUGCAGCUGGAGCUCGUGGGAAGGUGGGAGUUGGUGAAACUCAACGAAAAAAUUCAGAUGGAAAACCUAGUGGAGGUAAGAAAUAUGAAGAGAAACCUAAAUCAAAAGCAGCAUCUGUAACUUCAAAGGAAGAUUCCUGGACCCUCUUUAAGCCACCUCCGGUCUUCCCAGUGGACAACAGUAGUGCAAAAAUUGUUCCGAAGAUUAGUUAUGCAAGUAAAGUUAAAGAGAACCUCAACAAAUCAUCCUCUAAUCAGUCACUGGCUCUGGACACUCAGACACAAGCUUCAGGUCGUUUGUCACAGGUUCCUAUGUCUGCUGUGAAAACUGUCACCUCAACUAGCUUUUCCAAUGGCUUGGCUUCAGUAGUGACUGAUGGGCAUAUUGGUGUUUCAGGGGUCCAGACAGUUACUACUGCCAACACUGUAGUGCCUGCCUCAUCUGGGAGUGAAACUUCUGUGUCUCCUGAUGGCACAGACCCAGUGGCCACAGAACAAAGAAAGCAGGGUCUCUUUGUCUACCCUUCAAAUAUGCAAUCGGUGCUUCCUGGCACAACACAGGUGGAACUACCGUCACAAACAACUCAACAAAACCUGGGGGAUAUUUUCCAGAACCAGUGGGGGUUAUCUUUUAUAAAUGAGCCAAGUGCUGGCCCUGAGCUAGCCACUGUAAAAUCUGUGGACAACCCACCUCUGGAUUUGACAUUUCAAGCUGAGUGUGCAGCCACUUUGGUUUCACAGGGCGCUGAACUUCUAUCUUCAGGAUCUGAAAUUCCUGUGUUUCCAAAGGCAUAUGAACUCGACAAACGGACUAGCCCUCAGGUUCUCAGCAGUGUCAUGAAGACUGCCACAGUGGCUGCUAGUGUCUCUGCUGAGAGCACGGCCCGGUCUGUGGAGCCACAUGUUAGUGAACUGCAAAAGAUGGCUGCUACGAGCCAAAGUGCAAUAGGUUUUGCCCCGAAGGACUUUGGGAAUGAAACACCACAACAGGCCUCUUCUACCAAUGCUUUGGUGCCAUCAGCCAAAGAACACCAUCCAAGGUACCACAGAGGCUCUGACAGAAAAGACAGCUUUGGGUCAUUUGACUUGAAAUCCGCUGUUAUGUAUCACACUAAAGAAAUGGACUCUAUAUGGAACCUGCAUAAACAAGAUCCUUCAAGAGUAGUUACCUAUGAUGAAUCUAUGGACCGUCCUGGCCAAUGAAGUCAGCUUAGUGAACUGCCUGUUUUCAUUGUUGCUGCAAGCCACUGUCUGGAAGCGGUUAUGCUCCUUUUUUUUUUAAUCAUCUCUUAAGCAGUGGGCCAGUUCAGGAGAAACAUUCAAAACAAAAAAAAAACAGAAAAAAUAUUUUUUAAAAAACGCAAACUGAAUUUGAGUGAGUGCAAAGAGUGUGUCGUACAGUUAUUUCGAUGGACUCUAAUUGGGUAUUUAAUGACCUCUGGUACUGAACUUAUCACAAAGCAAAACCUGAACGCAAUGAAUAGUGGACUUUUUACUUAAAUCGGGUUCUUAAGGUCCUGCUGGUGUAAUGUCAAGCUCCAGUGAACCACUGAAGGGGCUGUCCCACUUCACAAAGGCUGCAUUUUGCUGUGAGUGCACCAAGAUUCCACACGGGAAAACAGGAGGAUUUGCAGAACUUUUUAAAAACCCCAAAAAAAGUUAUGCUGGAAUAAUGCCUUGAAGUACAGUGUGUGUUUUUCUUUUUCCUUGCUGCAACAUUCUCAGAUUUUGCUGGGAUUAAGAUGGUCUUUUAGGCCUUGGGGGAAAAUUGUCUUAACUCAUCACUGGGAAGAAAUCGAAAUCACAGACAACUGCAAUAUUAAAUGAUGCAGGUCUAAUCGUUCACUGAUCAGAAAGACCGUGCUCCACCUGCAGAAGGUCUAUUAUGUAAAUCGUGGAGUAAUUCAACUUGGGUAUUUAAUGUUGUACAAUUCUUUCCCUUUUAAUUUUGUUAAAAAUUUGCCAUUGUAUGUGUUAGUAACAUAAACUGCACUGCUUUUGCUAUAGGGGCUUUACAUUCGCUGUCCUUCUCUAGGCCAUUAAAAUAUCUCAUUCAUUAGAUUUCCUUGUUGCGUAUCUGGCCUUAACUAUUACUAAACGACAUGUAUUUGCUUACUAUGCCCUCCUUUCCCUUUUUAAUAUCACCUUGCUUUUUAAGACUUGCAUUUUCAUGCACUAUAUACCAGAAUCGUGCAACAAGAACAUAAUUUUUUUAAAAAGAAAAAAAAAGUAGAUUUUAAAAAGUCAAAUUAAAAUUGGAUCACUCUCCUACAUUCUUUAGCCCUUUUACAGAACAUUUUCUGUCAAAAUUGACUAUUUGGUUAUUGAAUUCUAAUGCAUUCUGUGUAGUCCACAGCUUUAUUGCUGCUUCUAAACUCUAUUAAAGAUAUAUUUUUAAUAUGAAAAAUGUGCUUGGAUUUUACAAAUCGGCAAAGUGCUUUAUGGCAAUAUUAGAAGUGAGUGAAGAGUGUGCAGGCAUGGACUUCUGAAUGUGCAACGGUAGUUAUUAAACACUACAGCUUGUGCAGCAUGUAAGACUAGACGCCAGAGUGGAGAGAUUUGUUUUUAUCGUUCCUGUGGCUUUAUGCUGUCUUGCGAAGUAAAUGUCCUCUAUCUAAUUUCUGCACUGUGGUUGUGGAAAAUGUAAUGUGCUCCACACAGCUCCUCCCCAGAUGCUUGUGCUUCCUUUUCCGUUUGAUUAUCUUUUAAGCGCUAGACAAAACUUAACCCUCUAAUUUGCUUAAUAAACUAAAAUCUUACAAUGCCAAAUAUAUUUCUUCUGAUCUCAUUGUGAAAAUAGCCCAUUUCUGGGGAGAACAUUUUCAAACUAGCAUACUUUUUUUAGGGACAGAAGUGUGCUUGCAUGAUGAUAGCUGAGGUUAACCUUGUUGCCCAAAGCAUUUGGGUGCAGGAUCUGACCAGCUACUGUAAUUUCUAGGAAAGCUUAAGUAUGCCUUUACACAUCUAUAUGAAAAAGCAGGAAACCUCAUCCUUCCAAAAAUUUCCAAUAGAAUAGAAAAGUUUGACAUUUUGCAUUUUUGUUUUGUGUUGAGUCUAUAUGUUACCUUGAACUCAAACCUAAUAUUUUAGUGCUUAACUAAUUUCCAGUAAUAUACAGCAACACUUGUGAACAAUUCAACAUAAGCAGUAUUGUUUCAGAAUUUCAAGAGUUUCUUAGUCAUGCUCAUUGUUAGAAAGAUUCUUUUGGUCAUACUUGGGAAUUUUUACUUGCGGAUGUCAAACUGAAUAAUGUCAUGCCUUGGGCAGAAUAAAUUACACUUUACUUUUAAGCAAUCAGUUACUAAUUUCCAAUGGCUACUAAAGCUAGUUUAUAACAACUUUGUUGUUAAUCCCUAAAAUGAGCGGUCGAGCAGCCCAGUACAUGUUUGGUACUGUACAUAUUCUGGUAAACUAGGGCCACAUGACUACUGGGUUGUUCCACCCAGGUUUUGUUAUGCUUACAUGUUUUUUCUGUGAUCUGUCACUGUCCUUGAUUCUUCAAUAAGCACUUAAACUUUCUUAACUUUUUAAUCUGUUUAUAUUUUUUGAGUAGGCAUGUAAGUUUUAAGUACAGUCCAAUCAUUUGUGACUAAUUAAUACAGUGAAUGGUAAUGUGUUACUGUUGUAGAUACAGUAUAAUAUUUUCCGCCUCAAUUGUUAGUACUGUAGCAUAAACCAAAUACAGUGUAGACUGCGGUGCCCCUUCUAUGAAGAGACUUAAAUUUGGGAAGAGGGACUGAGUGAGUGCGUGAGCGAGAGCAAGUGUGUGUGAGUUCUAUACAGUAUCUGGUGCAUACAUUUAUUAGUAUUGAGAAUAAGAGCGUAAUUUAUUUUGUGCCAUGUGUUGAUUUCAUCUUUUGAGUAAUGAUCAUCAGAGGUCUAAUUAUUGCAGAAUGGCACUAAGCAAGUCAGAUAGCAUAGGUUGUUUUAAAUUCUUGUUGCUAGACAAGCUAAUCAAGGUUGAAGUCUUUGAUACCUGUGUUUAUUUUUUUUAAUCAUGUUUUGUAAUGCAUUGUCAGUCCAGCUAUAGGCCUUGCAGGUCAGCCUUUUUCAUUCCAAGUCCCAUUUUGUGUCCCCCUUUCCCAAUACAAAGGCUGCCAAAACCUCAGGGAGUUGAGCUGUCGACAUGCACGUGUGCUCCAUGUUCCUCCCACAUUUGUUUAAAGAUACUCACCAGUUUGUUUCCCCCAAAUAGCAUUUUCUUAGUAAUGCCAUCAAAAUUGAUGGAAUGCAUGGUUGCUAGGGCCUAUUAGUAUUGGUUCAUUAAUGCAUUUCUUGUCUGUGUGUCAUCAUAAAAGUAAUGUAUUUUUAAAUGCUUGCUACUGUUACUAAUUAUGUUAAUUUAAAAACAAAAAAAAUUAAAAGUGUAAAUAACGUGGGAUUGAACAAUUUGAUCUGCAGAAACUUUGUCAAAUCACAUCUUGAAAAAGCUUUUAGCUCUUCAGAUCUUGAAACCAGCGUUCAAGGAUUUUCUUUCCCUUUUCAAAUGUCUGUUUACAGUAAAGGGUGAUUGGGUUGUAUGUAAUUAACUAAAGCUGCUACAUGGGGUUUCUGACCAGGCAUGGAAAUGAUAGGGACAGCAUGGAAAUGUAUAGUGAAAUACAUAAGCAUAGAACAUGAAGCUGAAAUGCUGAAGUGCUAAGGAGCAUGAUAUCUUUUUUGACACAUUAUUAUAGUACUUCAUAAUUGUUUGAUGGCUCUGUAUUUUUGCUACCAGAGUGAAAUUGGUGACUGGAACAUGUUGCUGUGUUCAAAUACAGUAUUUCUUAACCAUAACCAGUAUUUGGCAAUUGCAUACAUUGCUGGUUAUGUAUUUCCAAAUGAAAAGACAUAACUCAGUUAAUAAAUUUGAGUUAAAGAAAUUCUGUUUGCUUAAUGCAAAAGAGUAAAACACUUUCCAUUGCAUUCUUUGGAAAAAGAAUAUCCAUAUAUAAAGGCAAUUGCAGUUAGCAUUCUGCUUGGCACUUGUGGUUGACAAUUUGAUGUUGGUUUCCCAUGUGUAAUGACUGACCUAGUAAAUAUCAGUAAACAUCUGCCCUGAAAACAAAAUAUUAAGACAUCUGAAAUGGGACAUGGAUGAGGGAUGCAGGAGAGAAAGGAGUGUUAGUAGCCUUUAGUAGAAAUUCAGAGGUAAAACUAUGUUUGUCACUGCAUGGAAAAGGGGGGAAUUAGUUUUGGUAUUGACAUUUACAUUAUUCAUCUAAUACAUAGCUGGAAGAUCUUUCUCUUAACAACUUCAGGAGACUAGCAAUUUUUUUUUAAGAUUUAGUCUUAUCUGUUUAUUCCCAAGUGUUCUUAAUGCUUGCAUUUUGCCCUUGUCUUUUGGUGAAAAGAUGCAUGGAGUAUUUUGUUUCCGGUUUUUAAUUUAAAAAUUUUGAUAUACAACCAAGACACUUCGACUCACUUUAAGGACUUUAGUUACUUCUCCUAUCUGGAAAUUUGACAAGGAGGAGAAAGUUGUGCUUUAACUACGUAGAAUGGCCAUAAGUUAAAUGCAAGUGAAGACAAAAAUUUCAUGCCAUUAAAGCUGAAAAGAGCAGCAUAAAUGUCAAAUAUGUAGGGCUGCGUUAUUACAGCAGUAUUGGACUAGUAUGUGUUAACGUGAUUAGAUUAGAUGGCCUGAAGGGCCGUAAGUGGAACAAACUAUUGUGCAAUUAUAAUUCUUAUUCUACAAUGGGUGUGUUCAACGAACAGUAGCUUCUGAAACUAGUUUCAUUUGGUUGUUAAUUUAAUGCCAGAUACACCACAGGAGUAGUGGCAGUCUCUGCAAAAUACACCUGUCAACCAAGCUUUUGUCUUGCUGCUGUAUUGGUGACAUGGAAUAAUUUUUCUAGCCAAAAAAUUAACAGCAUAUUAUACAAACAAUUAACAAUUUCUGGUAUACAUUGAAUUAUGAAGUGAGAGAAUUGGCCUCACUCUGGUUAGAAGUUGUGUGGCUACAGGUUUAUAAUUUUUUUUAAUGGUGAAUCCUGAAUGUGUUAAGCACCUUGCUUUAAAAAAAUAGUUGUCUGCUACUUUGUGCUGAGUAAAAUACUGUAAUUUCUUCCUCCCUCUUCAAAAAAGAAAAUAUCUGCUAAUUCUGCCUUAUACAGAAUCCCUCUAUGUAUCAUUGUGUAAGAUUUACUUCCUGGGCUGCUUGCAUUACAUUAGAAAUGCAUUUUGCACACUCAGGUUUUGCUGAAGCUCCAGUAAUGUUUGCUUGAGCUGAUGGUAUUGAGCUAUGCACGUUUUUGAGUUAAUAGAUUUCUUCCCAUUCGAUAUGUUUAUGUUCGUUUGUGUGUGUAUGUGUGUGUGCGCUGUUCUUUGCAGUUUAAUUUCCAUGGUCAGGGUCAGGUGAACAUAUCUUGAUGGGCCAAUGACCAGUUAGCAGUGUAGAAUUCAUCCUAUCCCCUUUACCCCUUGAAAUAAUACAAGCAUCAAUAUGUUUGUGGAUUGCAUUGUAAAUUCAGAUUCUGCUUGCAUUAAGCAGAAGUUCAAUAAACAAAAUGACCCAACUUUUUUUUCAUGUAUUUGUCACCAUUUGUAUGUCUCAUAAUUGUUAAAACUAUAAUCUAUAUCACAAACGUUUUAAAGGUUCUUAUUUCUAACAUUUGUAAAGAACUGCAUAAUUUCUGAUUAAACUGUUGCUAUUUUCAAUUAGUGUCAAUUUUUGAAUUUUGUUUCAAAAGCCAUAGGAGAAUUUAUAUAGAAUGUUAUCUUGUAAAUGGAUGUUAAUAUAAAUAGGUGUACAGAGAUGUAUGGCUGAUGGUUUGGCCAAAAUGUAUGUUUUUGAUUACUUCCAACUGCCCAAAUUUACAAAAUGUUUUUUUUUCCAAGUCAUUUGGUCUCCUAACCAAAUGGAGGAUUGUGAAAUAUCCAGUGCCUAUUUGAUCUAGACAAAUUUAGCCACUUAAGGGCAGGUUUAUUUGUUUAUAUUUUUCGUACCCAUUGCUUUCGUUCAGUGAAUGUCUUUUUCCAAAAUAAUCUAAAUACCAUCUGGAAAUGUAUAAAUAACUUGGUCAUUGGUUGAUCAAUUCCUGAUUUCUGACCUAUUGCAUUCAUCUAAAUUACAUUGAUACUUGUGAUCAAAAACAUACAUUUUAAAGUUAAUUGCCAGACUUAAUGUACAGUACCUUACGUGAGCUCCAGGAGUUAAAUUUUAUCUAUUAGUUAAAUCAUUCCCUGCAAAAUGGCCUUUAUAAUGUCUUUAAUGGUUCCAGUAUUUCUUUGACGUGAUAUUAGACUCCCUUGCCAUGAGAUUUGAAAUACAUGGAACAAGGCUUUUGAAAAUCUUUGUUCUCCAAAGUCUACCUAUUCAACACUAAAUGACAUCAUCUGAGCAGAUAAAAACUGAAGUAUCUAUUCCUACAAAGUAAGAUGUGACACAUUUGUCAUGUGUUUGUGGGAAUAAAUUAUUUAGACUGGAUCAGUGUAAUUUAACUACUAAAAACGAAUCUAAAAAUAAAUAUGAAGGAACUCUAUUCCUUGCUUUGUGCCAGUUAUAAUGUGUGUGUAUGUAUAUAUAUAUAAAAACUAUUAUCCAAAUUGUAAACUAUCAUGAUUUAGCUGGUAUGAAAAGCACAGAAACUGAUCCUGGAUGCUUCCAUGUGCAUGAAUUCCUGUGUUUAAAAAAUAAUAAUAAUAAAUUGUAACAAGAACCCACAAAAGGCUUGAUUCUUGGGAGUUGCCAUGUUUUAGAUAAUUAUGGUUUGCCCAAAUUUCCCCUUAUUCUAAGCCCUUCCUAAAAUAAUCAUGCAUGCCUCACCACUGCUUCAAAUGGUUUGAAUACUCUACCAAAUGUGUUAUAGCUAUGAUUUUUUUAAUCUCACUAUCCAUAUAAUACUGAAAUUGAAAGCAUUAGAUAUGCAAAAAAGAUAUACAUGGUCCCUUCUUCCCAGAGGAGGAGAUUGUCUGGUGUUGUAUUUGAAUAUACCUGUAUAUUGUCAUUGUUAGCUAUAAAUCUGUAAAUAUGUCAUGCUUUUUCAUGUAAUGUCCCGGUAAUUGAGUAACCAAGAAAAUAACAAUUUGUAUUAUCUCCUUCCUCUCCAAAACUCCAAUUAGAAGGAAAAAUGUGAUCUGGUUAGUUGUGUUGUAGUUAAAAAAUCAAUACUCAAAUUCAGUUUGUGAAUCUUGAGAGGAAAGAUACUUUAUGAAACCAUAGUUUCUUAAAUAUUGUUGGAAUCAAGCAUGUGGAUAAUGAACCGUUCUUGUGCAAUUGUAUGUUAUGAAUUGACUGUACAAACUCUUGACCUGGGGCAUGGGACUGUGGCCUUAAUACAUGGCAACUCCAAAGUAAAUGAUAUCUGAAAAAUUAUUUUGUGAUCAGUUUUAUUAUAUAUGAAAUCUCUUUGGUCUAAAGUUUUUUUGUCAUUCUUAACCCUUGCAAUUCCUUUCUGUAUACCUUUCCACUUUGUAAUAGGUUGUAGCUGUAAAAGUCAAAUCCUGGCAGCAUUAGCCAUGCCAUUGAGCUCCAGGAAGUGAAUUAAAUUUUGGUGCAGGCAUUUCAGUUGUUUCCUUUUCAAGACUUAAGUCAUGACUGUCUACUAAGUUCACUGACAAUCAUGGUACAAAAAAUGUUCAAAUAAAACUCUUCUGCUGCUUUAUUUUCUGCAAUAAACCUAUUUUGUUCCUUUUUUCCACAUUAAAUACCAUCACUCAUUAUAGUUAUGUUUAAGUCAACAAUUGCCAUUACUUGGUAGUAAUU